CGGUUGGAAAGAUAGGGUCAAUGACCCAGACGGCCACGUAAUAGGGUGGGGAAACUACUUUGUAAUCAAGCAGAGCACUGACCCUACUUACUGAUAGAAGUGAUGAUUUUCACAUAAUAUGCUAGUAUAACUGUUGGCAGCACUCCACAGUGCCUGUGUUUAGCGCUUUAGUCUGUCCGAACAAUUACAACUGAAAGAGCAGAAUUGUUCCUCUUCAUCCAACUGUAGAGGACAGGGGUAGCUGACAUCCGAUAUGUUUUCAGUCCUUUUUAAUCAUCAUAAAAUAGAGCACUUUCACAGAGUGCUAUGUUUGAUCUUUGACGAGCUCCUUACAUAUUUUGUGUGAUAAAUACAUUUCUGUGAUAAUAAACAGAUAACUGUUACAAGACACUUCCCUUUCUUGAUAAAAAUUCUGUGUAUGUUUAUCUCUUUUUAACAUUGAGCCAUUUCCUCUUUGGGCUUGUUUAAGGACGGGUGCCAUACAGAUAAUUUACUCUCUCCACCCUUUUCUAGAGCGAGGGAGAGUUCAAUAAACACAUUAUCAUUAUUAACCCUGGAGGAAAUAAUGUAAUCGCCCAUUGCCCCCAUCCUUAGAACUGGUCACUGUAAGACAUAUGGUCAUUUAUUUGAUUAAGUGACGCAUAACUGGACAAUCAAGCUGAGGCGCACACCAUGUACUCGUAAAGUAACCAAAUCUCAACCAAACUUCCCACUGUAUGCUAACAAAACUGAACAAAAGCUGUAAAUAUUCAAACAAGUAUCACACACUUCUGAUUCGAUAGGUCACAUGUUGUUAACAUAUAACACAAUGCUGCAAAAUGGCCCUAGCUGAGCCCAUCACAGGCUCACCUGACUAACCAGGGGUGUGGCAACACAGAAGCUCUAUAAAUAAAAAGCAUGUCAAGAAUUUCAUUCAUGACAUGGACAAACCCCAUCCACUGAGCUGCAGCACUCAGACUCACACAGGCUCACCAUGUUAAGGUCACUCUCCUGCACGCUGCUGCUUCUCAUCUCCUUCUCCAGCUCGGGGGAGAGCCGGCCUCAAGUGGCCCACGAAGGCACGCCUGAUAGAACGGACAGCCAGAGGGUCCUGCUUCUGGAGGCGGUGAAGACAGGGAUCCUCAGCUCGCUGGGUAUGGACAGGAGGCCCAGGCCAACCCAAAAGGCCUCAGAGGAAGAGCUGAGGAAAAUGUAUCAGCUGUACAGGGAAAAACAGAGAGAGAUAAGAGGAAACUCCAGCCAGACAGUGACAGAAACCUGGCAAUCCAUCAUGUCUACCGUGCUCUUUCCAGCUACAGUGGAGCCACUAGAAGUGCUUCGGAGAGUGGAACAUCUGCAGUCAGGUCAACGUAUGCAGUGGUAUAGAGCUGUUUUCCACAAGAACCCCAAUAUCCAGACUGAACUGACAUCAGUUCGAGCUGAGCUGAAAAUUUCCAGGCAGGUUUUAAACAAAUCCACUUCAGUUCAGCCUGAGGUAAGACAACAGGUUAAAGUUAAAGUAAACAGGAGGAAGCCGAUGAACUCUUCUGCAUGGACACACAUUGACUCAACAGUCCAUGCAAAUAUGUCAAGCACUCAAGAUGUGAUCCUUGACAUCAGCCAUGAGGUAGAGAAGUGGAUGAGGACUGACAGCGGUCAGGCGCUGGUUGUGGAUGUAGGGAUAGUUGUGGGUGAAAAAGAUGCCCUUAUGGUAAAUCCUACUGUUUCUCUAGAAAUAGGCCUCCCACAGCCCAAACCAGCCCGGAAGACUAGGCUGCCUCGCUCCAACAAGGAAGACGAAUGUGAUGAACGAGGAUGGUGCUGCCAGAAGUCCAUCACCGUGUCCUUCAAAGACAUCGGCUGGACGGACUGGGUGGUGGCCCCAACUGAGUACACAAUGCAUUUCUGUGACGGCACCUGCCCCCACAACUACAAGCCUGCAAGCAUGCACACACAGGUGAAGUCUCGGUUGCAGCAGAUUAGCAAAGGAGGGACCCCUCCCCCCUGCUGCGUGCCGGCGGCCUACGAACCCAUGGUCCUCAUGCACUAUGACAGUAGGGGGAGGUUGAAGCUAACUCCUUUCAAUGACUUGAUUGUCAGUAAAUGUCACUGUGCCUGAAGAAAAAAUUAAACUUUAAACCUAUCCUUUUGGGAGAGCAUUGCACCUAGAAGAAUAUGUUACAUGGUAAAAAACUAUUUAUUUUAAUUUCUAUUUAUGGUCCUAAACAUAUAUUUGUGUUGUGUUAUUGCUUUAUGUUACAGAAUAUUUAAGUACUACAUAAUAUUUAAUUUUAUUACUGUUUAUUAUUUAAAGUACUGUAUUGUUUUAUGAAGCACCUGGUUUAGAUAUUGAGUUUGUUGUAA